AUGGUGUUUAGGAAACACAGAGAGAACAGGAAAGGCAGAGCAGGCCAGGGAAGAAUAGAGGGAUAUCCCCUUACAGGGUACCCACCUUUUUCCUUCAGGAUAGAGGGGGUAUGUAAAUCACACCACCUGUCUACACACACAGACUAACACACACGCAUGUGCCCGCACAUACACGCAAACACAAGCAUCUGGGGUAGUCCUCGUCAGGCUGGUGUUGUUUUGGUGUGUGUUUGUGUAUUUGUGUGUGUGUGUGUGUGUGUGUAUGCCGGUGUGCGCUCAUGCACAUGUGUAUGUGUGUGUGUGUGUGUGUGUGUGUGUGUGUGUGUGUGGUAGUGUGAGACCCUCCUGACCAUCCCCCGAUUAGGCUUCUGUGGCCUAGUGGAUUAGAGCAGGAUCAAUCCUGGCCGAUAUUACUGGAGUUCCCUAAGAAUGAGCCCUGGAUGCAGCCUGUAGCCGGUGGAGCAUGUAGCUUGGGGCCAGCCUGGGCUUUAAGGCUUAACACCCCCAUUUUAAUUACGCUUGACCAGAGAGGAAAAGUAGUACAGCAAAUCAGACAAGCUGUGAUUUCCUGGGCUGUGGGGUGGGGUGGGUAAAUCACUGAAUGCAAUUACAUUUCAUUGGUGUAGUUGGUGUCCAGACCAGGGUAGUAGAUGCAAUAUUACGUUGAGGUUGAAUGGGCUGUUGUGUUGGAUUGAUUACUUUUGACAUUUUCCUUUAAGAUUUUGGUUGGAGAAAAUAACUGCUAGCUGAGCUGACUGGUGUCCCUUGUUGUGAUAUGCAAUGCUGCCCCCCAGUGGUUCUGUAAACCCAUCUCUCCCUCUCUCCAGGUGCCACCAGGGACAUAGGUUCAGCUCUGACCAGGAUGUGCAUGAGACACCGCAGCAUCGAGACUAAACUACGCCACUUCACCAAGUAAGUGGUCCACCUUCAACCCUGCCUGAUUCCUCUCCCUUCAUCUCUGUGCAUUGCUAAUGGUGCUACAAGUCCUGUGCUUACUCUCCCUAUUCUUUCCUCUCCUCCCCAGUGCUCUUAUGGAAGGCCUAGUCACUCCCCUCCAGGACAGGAUAGAGGAAUGGAAAAAGACAGCUAACCUGCUGGACAAAGACCACGCCAAAGGUGAGGGUUGAUGUUAAAAGGGCUAUAUAUAUUGAAUUUGAUUGAUUGAUCAAGUCAAUCAACAAAUGACACUUAAUUCCAGAGUGACGUCUCCUUCUCUCCUCAUCAGAAUACAAGCGGUCUCGCCAGGAGAUCAAGAGGAAGUCCUCAGACACCAUGAAGCUCCAGAAGAAGGCCAGGAAAGGUAACAUCUAACCGCACCCUGUGACAUGAUCUGAUUGGCUACUGCUAAAAACAAUUGGUUACUGAUUGGCUACUGUUAAAAACUCUGUCCAAAACAGGCUGUAGACUAGAUAGAGGAUGUUUGUAGUACUGCUGUAGGCUAGUUACCAUCACCUAACUGGGAGAUACCACCACCUAGUGCCCUGAAUGAGAAAUGCAUUGUCAUGGGUUUCAAAUGAGGGGUAAAUCAGAAUUUAAGGCUAUCAUUCAAAAGGUUUGGUGAGUUUGGAGGUAAAGGAAAUAUGAGGUUUAUGUGUAUCUAUCUCCAUUCCUAUAACUAUGACAGUGCUAACUCUAAUAUUGGGCUUUCUGUCUAUGCUCCCCCCCCCCCCCCCCCCCUCUUUCCACCAAUGCUACCUAUCUGUCUACUCCUCUGCCUCCUCACUGGCCUAUUCCCCUGCUGUAGAGCUUCUAGGUAUGUGUGCUAUGCUCUCCCCACAUGCUAAUAUGCAUUGCAUGAGGCAUUUCAUGAUAAUUUUAUAGUUAUUAUCCGUUGUGUGUGUGUGUUUCUGUGUGUGUCCUGCAUCAUCACGUCAUUGUGUCUGACCAUCUCACCUGGAGUGUUGUGUCUGUCUGAUACUGGUGUCUCCUAUCACUUUUAACAUAUCCCUCCUCUGUGUUGGGGAGUAGUGAACUAUAUGUAGUUCAACUAGUAAUUUAACUACAUUUUGCAUUUUGCAGUAACUGUGCUUUCAACUACAUUCAAAUCAAGGUAGUGUUUUCAGUAGUUAAUUACUUUUUUUCCAUGUAGCGGUGUAGGUAACUACUGGAACUACACACUACGUAGAAAUCUGGGAGAAGUAGCCCAGAAUUUCCUUUAUUUUUUGACAUCAGAUCUGCCAAAUUCUCACUUGAAGUUGAGUUUUUGUUUUUAAUAGGCUAAAUCUGACUCCAGUCCAGAGUGAUCUGUUCUUGCAAUUUGUAGUCUAUGAUGUUUCAGAUUUACAUAUGAUUAAUCACUAAGUAGUUUGGAUGUAGUGAACUACUUUUUCAAAGUAACUUUAGUUAAGUAAACUAUAUGUUUCUUAAGGGUAGCUUUAGUGUAGCUUAACUUCUUCCAGUGUGAAUUAAUUAGUAGCUUGGUAAACUAUAUUUUAGCUUCCCCAACACUGCCUCCUCUUCAUACACCUCUUGGUCAUCAUGUCACCAUGUUUCAUAAUGUGGGUGCAAAAUGGUUUGGUUACAGUCUCUUGAGUUGAAUGGUACUAGUCACUGGUAAUUUUCCACGGUCACUUGUAAUUUUCCACAGUUGUUCAGUAACCUCUUUACAUACCACACAGAGGAGUGAAUUAUUACUAGCUCAUUAUCUAUAGGGCACUAAAAGCCAGGCGAAAAUCUAGUUUCCUCUGGUUAGGCUUUAAAGAUCCUAUCACUCCUCUAUCUUAGACAUAUAGGCUAUGAGAACUGGUUAGAACCUGUUCUCAUUUGUAAUAUUUUUCUAAGGAAGUGGAGCCAAUUACCCCCUAUCUAUUUUCUUAGCUUGCCUCCCCCUAGAAGGGGGUAUAGCUCUUUGUGUAGCUGAAGUAUAUAGCGACUGUGUCAUUUGUAAAUUAACUAGAUUCUCUCCGGGUUCAUCCUGAGAGAGGGAUUUUCCUUGCAAUUGCUCAAAUAAACCGAUUACUGAUAAAAGGAUUCUGCCUGAUUCCUUGAAUUAGUUUUCCUCAACAAUAAGGCCGUCUUAUACUUGGCAGCUGAAUAUGUCAUCAGUGUUGUAUUUACCUGUGCUAGUUAACCAUGUCCAUUUCAGGAACUCCAUCCAUAUUAUGUGGUUUUUUUUGGUCACAUACCACAGAUAGAUACAGUGUUGUUUUACAGGGUCAGCCAUAGUAGUGCGGCACCCAUGGAGCAAAUGAGGGUUAAGUGCCUUGCUCAAGGACACCAACAGAUUUUUCACCUUGUCCGCUCGGGUAUUUGAACCAGCAACCUUUUGCUUACUGGCCCAACACACUAACCCAGUAGCCUACCUGCAGAGUUGUUGUUCCUAAUCUCAUUUAAGAUAUGUGCUGUAGUUUCGUCCCAUUCUCAUUGACGCGUAUCAUUUCAGUGCAGUGUCGUUUGUCAAUGGUGGUCUGUCCUACGGCACACCUGCAGGCCCAAACCUAGCAGAGGGUUCUAAUCACCACUCUUUGUUCUCCUCCUCCUCUCUCAUUUCAUCCUCAUCCUCUAACCAUCUUACCCAAUGCCCCUCAUCCCCAUGUACCCUGUUCCUCCUUCUCUCACUAUUGACCCCUCCCUCCGCUAUCCCCUGCCCCUCACCCCUUCUCUCACCUUCCUCUUUUAUCUUCCCUCCUCUAUGUACUCUUCUCUCUUUCCCCCCUCCCCCUCCUCUCCUCCUCCCCAGGCCGGGGGAACCUGCGUCCCCAGCUGGACAGUGCCAUGCAGGACGUCAGUGACCUCUACCUGCUGAUGGGGGAGACCGAGAAGCAGGCGGUGCGCCGGGCCCUCCUAGAGGAGAGGGGGCGCUACUGCUUCUUCAUCAACCUGUUGAAGCCUGUGGUGGUGAGCACAGAUCUAGGUUCAGCCUAUCCAAAUCCAAAUCCUUUGCUAUUAUAGGGAAAAACUUCACUUACUUUAGAUCAGUCUGUGAUUGUGAGAGAGGAGGGAUGAUGAUAGACUUGGCUGGGGUGGGCGCUGGGUCACAGAUCCAGGAUAAGACUACCCUCCCUAAAUCUUAACCUUAACCAGUAUGUAGGAAAAACCUGCCUGACUGUAGAUCAGCGUAUGGUGGUGACAGAGGAGGAUUGCUGAGAUACCAGGGUGGGGUGGGCUCCUGGGAGACGUUGCCUUGGCUUUAGGCUAGAGUCCUGCACGGCAGGGUUGAGGUCAAUUCCACAAAUUAAAUUAUAUUCUCUCUCCCUGUUAAUUUCAUUUAAUUCAAUUCAAAUUCCAGGGCAGUCUUUAAAUUCAGAGAUAAUUCAAUUCCUCUGAAUUCCAAUGUUAGGUAAAUUCCAAGAAUUCAAUUCCCAAUUCAAUAAUAUCCCCAACAAUUCCAAAUAUUCCUAUUCUAAUUCAGUGCCCUCAGGCUUUCAUGCUGAUCAUGUCACUGUUCAGACAGCCUAGCUGUACUGGAAAUAUAGGAAUACAGGUUGAAAUGAAUAAAAUCAAAUCCUACAGUACAUUUCUUAUACUAUGUGCAUUAAUUCCAUUAACUGGCAAAUGGAAAAAAUAUUGAAUUCCAAUUCAAUACCAAAGAUUAAAUGUUUUACAAUUCCAAUUCAAUUCCAAUUCAAAAAGUCAAAUCAGUCUAAUUCCAAUUCAAUUCCAAUUCCAUAACUUGAAGAUUUAAAAAAAUGUGAAUUACAUUUUUCUCGGCAAGAUGAGCCACCCGCAUAGAAUUGUUCAGAGAGCCAAUUCGUGACCCGCCAAAUAACAUCAAUUUAUUUCAUUGUUUUUAUGAGUAGUAGGCUAUUAGGCUAUGCCCAAUCCCUGCAUUAAUUAAUUUGUCUGCAUGUCUACAUUUGGAUAAACGGAAACCAUGCCAUGAAUUAAUAAGAAUAAUAGGCCUAUCUUCUUAUUGUCACAAUGCGAUGCGGCACAUUGACAACUCAAAUCGCUUCGAAAAAGAGCCCUCUAACUAACAUUCUGUUGACCUAAUAAAGCCUAUACCGAUAUAACAAAACAAUACUUUUACAUUCAAUAUUGUUUAGAUAAUCAAAUAGUUCAAUUGAGACUUAAAUAAACAAUUCCCAGAAUCGAAUAGGCUACAGGCUGCAAAAAUACAUUUAUUUAGCAGGCUAUUGGCUUCUCAAACUUUUACCAGCCACACAGGUUUAAACUUUACACGGCCUGUGUAUGGUCUAAAUGAACGAAAGCCUGAAUUUACAGAAUGUAAUAAUUAACUGAUCAUUUAUGAAUUAUCAUCAACAAAUACCUGCUGCUUGCACUUUUGCAGGCUGAGUAUCCAUCUACCGGGUUGUUGUCCUCUUUGUCCACAAUGACUCCAAAAUCCUUCCAAACUGUUUCUACAGUGGGGUAAACCACCAUCAUAACCUUUCUUUCUAUUUCUCCUGUUACGUUAGCCAUUUUUGCGUGAGCUAGGAGUCAGGGAAAAUAAACUUGGCAACUUAUUGUCGCGUGGCAGAAGGGAACAUAAGAUCUGCACGUGGACAAAUUAGGAAUGUUUCAGCACCACACAAAUAAUGGACAGUUCCCUGCUCCACUCUCUCACUGCGUGGCUGGUAGCCUAGGCCAUGUCUGCCUCACUGCUCACAUAAUGGGAUUCGCAACACAUUUCAACACAACAAGCUCCUGGGUUUGUACAGAAAAUAUUAUCCUGAUUUAAUUCAAACGUUUCUGACCCGCAAUAUAAUUGUUCUGAAACGCCAGCCGACCACUGGUUGAAAGAAUGUUUUCAUUCCACCCACCAGCUGAUUUUUUUGCAGGUCAACCACAGGGAACUGUGGGUAUCUGACCCAAUGUAGGACUCUACUUUAGGCACAGAUCUAGAACCCGCUUACCCAGCUCAAAUCUUAACCAUUUUAUGGAAAACAUUUACUGACCAUACUUAGAUCAAAGUCUAGGGGCAACUGCAUCCUUCUGUCCACAGUGGAGUUGUUUGGUGGUCUUAACUUUCAUGUUAAAGUUGUUUGUUUGUCACAGUUAUUUCACUUAGUCUUUCAGUUAUUUCAGUUAGUCUUUCAGUUAUUUUAGUUAGUAUUUCAGUUAUUUCAGUUAGUCUUAAAUAAUGCACAUGCUGUGUCUUUGUGUGUUGCUGAGCGAAAGGUCUUGUUGUUGCUCCUCUUCAGAAUGGAGAGAUAGCCAUGCUGGGAGAGAUCACUCACCUGCAGGCCAUUGUUGAUGACCUCACUGUGCUCACUGAAGACCCUCACAAACUGCCCCCGGCUAGUGAGCAGGUAAUCUCCAACAUGCACACAAAAGCACACAACUUUCCUUAUUCAAUAAAUCAGUCUUGCAAGCACACAUGCUCAACCAGUAACACAUACACACAAACACACACACACACACACACACAUAAUCCUAGCAAAUUGUCAAACAGUGAAUGCACUGAGUGUAAGGCUAUGUCUGCCUCACUGUUCACAUAAUGGAAUUCGCAACAAAUUUCAACACAACAAGCUCCUGGGUUUGUACAAAAAAUAUUAUCUUGAUUUAAUUCAAACGUUUCCGACCCGCGAGCCGCGAGCCGACCACAGGUAUUGCUUGUGCAAAUUCCCUCCUCUCUCUCUCCAGGUGAUCGGGGACCUGAAGGGUUCAGACUACAGUUGGUCCUACCAGACCCCUCCCUCCUCCCCCAGCAGUGCUGCCUCCAGGAAGAGCAGUAUGUGCAGUAUCCUCCAGAUGCCAACUGUUGGUGCCCAUCGUCUCAGUAGCGUCUCCUCCCAUGAUUCAGGGUUCAUCUCUCAGGAUGCCAACACCCACUCCAAGCCCCCCUCACCCAUGCCCUCUGACAUCACCAGCCAGGUAGACACACCUCUGAGUCAGUCAGACUCUAGCCUCCACUCCAGGUUCUCCGUCACGCUCUUGAUUAUUGAGACUUGGGAGUAUGGUAAUGUGCAGACCUGUGUUCAACUACAUGUGUGAUUAUUUGUUAUUUCAAUAUGUAUGUUCUGUGUAUUUCAGUAUUAAAAUAAUAUGGCCCAAAUCUAAUACUUCUAUUUGAAGUAUUUAAAAGUAUUUUCAAAUAAUUUCCUAGAAACAUCCUACUAUUUGAAAGUAUUUUCAAAUACUUAUUUCAAAUACUAUUUUCAAAUGCGUGGGUUAAAUGCAUGGGAGGGAGUAUAUUUUAAUCAGUGUAUUUGGCUAUUUUCAAAUACUUUCCAAGUGGAUUUCCAAAUACAUUCCAACAUUCAACUACUUGUCUUUUCAAGUAAAAAAUGUGUAAAUACUUACUUCCAAAUGUCUUUGAAAGUAAUUGAAAUACCCUAAAUAGUAUUUGAACCCAGGUCUGGUAACGUGAGUCUUGUCAGACCCAUGAGGAGGAGAAUCCUGUUUUUGGCUGGUAUUUGUUAUUGCUUAUACCAUCAAGCCUGUAAGAUGAUGCUAGAGUUUUCCUCCUUGAUAUACUAUGAAUUAUUGUGGCCGACGGAUGUUAGAAUUACUCCGAAAAUAGAAUGGGCAUCAGGGAGGGAAACUGAUGCAAUGUUCCAUAGCAAAAUAGCAAUAUUGUGUGAUGGUUUGUUAUAGAAGUGUAAAUAGUUCCUGAAGUUAUAUUCUUUCCCCAUGUCUUAUUUUCCUUCCCUCUCACUCUCUUCCUCUUUUCUCAAUCUCACUCACUUCUUGUCCCUCUCUUUAUCUAUUUCACCCUCUCUCCGUCUCUCCCACUUCUCUUCUCUCUCUCCAUCUUUCUCACUCCUCUUCUCUCUCUCUCCAUCUUUCUCACUCCUCUUCUCUCUCUCCGUCUCUCCCACUUCUCUUCUCUCUCCGUCUCUCCCACUUCUCUUCUCUCUCCGUCUCUCCCACUUCUCUUCUCUCUCUGUCUCUCCCACUUCUCUUCUCUCUCCGUCUCUCCCACUUCUCUUCUCUCUCUCUCCAUCUUUCUCACUCCUCUUCUCUCUCCGUCUCUCCCACUUCUCUUCUCUUGCCAUCUUUCUCACUCCUCUUCUCUCUCUCCAUCUUUCUCACUCCUCUUCUCUCUCUCCAUCUUUCUCACUCCUCUUCUCUCUCCGUCUCUCCCACUUCUCUUCUCUUGCCAUCUUUCUCACUCCUCUUCUCUCUCUCCAUCUUUCUCACUCCUCUUCUCUCUCACCAUCUUUCUCACUCCUCUUCUCUCUCCAUCUUUCUCACUCCUCUUCUCUCUCUCCAUCUUUCUCACUCCUCUUCUCUCUCCAUCUUUCUCACUCCUCUUCUCUCUCUCCAUCUUUCUCACUCCUCUUCUCUCUUCAUCUCCUUUCUCCUUUUCUCUCACUCCAUCUUUUAUUCCAUCUACAGAAGUCCACCAGCUCAGCCUCCUCUGAGGCAUCAGAAACCUGCCAAUCUGUCAGUGAAUGCAACUCUCCCACUGCGGUUAGUACAUGCACGCACACACACACACACACACACACACACACACACACACACACACACACACACACACACACACACACACACACACACACACACACACACACACACACACACACACACACACACACACACAAACUGUGACAUAUCUAUGGCUUAAGAGGCCCAGAGGGAUCUUGCUAUAGUAUGUAAUGAACAUGCUGACUCAGAUAUGUCUGUCCAUUCCGCAGUUUGGCUCUGGCUCAUCCUUUGGUACCUUCCGCCCCGCUCUCUCACACACUGGCUCCAUCAGGCCUCUCUCUGUCAUACUUCCUGGGUCCCCCACAUUUAACCGCUAUCCUGGAUCAAAAAACCCCUCACCCAUCUCAAAGGGUCCUAGCUGGAAGGUUUGUUUUAAUUUGCUGCUUUUCCUUUUUAAUCUUUUAUUUGCCUAACUGCUUUUUCAUUGGCUUUAACAACUCAUUUGCAUAACUCAUGAUGCAUAAUAACUUCAUGAUCUCUCUAUCCAUUCUGUUGUCAAACUCAGCUUUCAAAUCUCUCAUGCCAAAGAUUUGCUAAGCUGAGCGGACUUUGCUAAACUCAUUGUUAUAGAAUGUUCAUGCUUAGGGCUCAGCAUUUUAGCCUGGUCUCAGAUCUAUUGUGUAGACAGCACAAACAGAUCUGGGACCAUGCUAUUAGAAUGUAACCUCUUCAUGGACCCCCAUACUGUUUCCAUUGUACCACAAUGGAAAAAACUUCUGAACUGCUGAAUGAUAGACAUGUCCAAUCCAAGGGUACAUUGUUUAGUUAAUUUCCUCAUUGCCUCAAUAAUACUGCCACAGGAUUGGUCUAAAACAAGUACCUACGAGCCCUCAUUGGCUACCACUCUGCAGCAAAGGAGAGAGUCAUUGGACAGGAUGAGGGAGCAGGAGGUUCCUUCCAGUCCUAAAGGGUUCUCUGGGAUGCACCCAGACACUCAUAGGUCCAGGCUGGCCCAAGCUACCAUAGCAGCCAAGGUAAUGAUGAGCACACAUUGGAGACAGUAACAGUACUCAACAAUCAGCAUGAGUUGUUGAGAUGUGGAUUUUAAUGUUUGCCACUACUAUUGUAUGGUAAUGUGAGUCUCCUCUCUCUUCUCUCUCUCUCUCUCUCUCUCUCUCUCUCUCUCUCUCUCUCUCUCUCUCUCUCUCUCUCUCUCUCUCUCUCUCUCUCUCUCUCUCUUUCUUUCUUUCUCGUUCUCUCUCUCUCUGUUUUCUCUCUCUCUCUGUUUUCUCUCUCUCUCUCUGUGUGUGACCAUGUGCGCCUUUGUGUGUGUGUGUGUGUGUGUGUGUGUGUGUGUGUGCAGCACGGCGGUGAGGCCAUGUCCCCAGCAGCCAGUACACUAGCCAUGGUGCUGACCCGAGGUCUCAGUAUAGAGCAGCAGAAGAAUAGCCGGGAAUCUCUGCAGUACUCCAGUGGCUACAGCACCCAGACCAACACACCAUCCUGCUCAGAGGACACCAUCCCCUCACAGGGUAACAUACUCUGAUGAACACCACAUGUAUCCCUUCAAACAGUAGUACCUGAAAUUGUAUAGAAAAUCCAAUAGGAUCCUGCUGUCUCAUGCAUAAAGCCUGAUCAGUUUGAAUUAAUUCUCUCUCUCCUGUCCUCAGGGUCUGACUAUGAGUGCUACUCUCUGAACGGGGACGCUGACACCGGCAGAGAGGCUGACUUCGACAAGUCCUCCACCAUCCCCCGCCACAGCAACAUCGCCCAGAACUACCGCCGCAUGAUCCAGACCAAGAGGCCGGCUAGCACCGCCGGGUUGCCCGCCGGAGUGAGCCCUCCUGGGGGUACGCAUGGAGUGAUUUAUGGGGGUGAUGGAGGGCGUGACGGGGGGCGUGAUGGAGGGCGUGACGGGAGGCACGGAGCCAUCACCUCUGGAACAGCCACCAUCCGCCGGACUCCCUCCUCCAAAACAGGGGUGAGACGCACCCCGUCCACCUCAGGCCCCAUCCCCAUCCGCCCCCCCAUCGUUCCAGUCAAGACCCCCACGGUGCCAGACUCUCCUGUCUACUCCCCCAGUUACUCCCCCAGCUACUCUCCCAGCCUUACCCAGCGCAUGGGCAGCGAAGAGUACCUGUAUGGGGACGAGACACCACCCAGUGCCCUGGAGUACAUGAAGGCCUCCCCCAAGCGGCUGAGCCUACCUGACACCACUGCCUGGAGCUCCGGAGGGGGGCUAGACCGAAGCGUCUAUGCCCAGCAGCCCCCUGGCAUGACUGGCCUCGGCCUAGAGGAGGAUCCCCAGCUGGCAGCCAACCGCCACAGCCUGGUGGAGAAGAUAGGUGAGCUUGCGGCUAGCGCCCACGCCCUGGGCGAGGGUCAGUUCCCCUUCCCCUCUCUGGACCCUCUGCCAGUGGACCCAAUCGGAACCAACUCUUUACCCCAACACCCACAACACCCACCCCCCGAGCCCCAGGAGGGCAUGGACAUGCUGGUGUCCAUACGGAGGGGUGUGAGGCUCCGCAAGGCGGUCUCCAACGACAGAUCAGCCCCCAGGAUACUGCAGGAUACUGCAGCAGCAUCCAGGAUACUGCGGUAG